GCUAUACCGCUCUUGUUUCACAGAAGCGACCUGCCCACAACAAGCUGUCGCUUCCUCUGGAAUUGGUCUGAUGGAGCAAAGGCACUUAGCUCAGCUUGGUACGACAAGGCAACAAUGCGACCGGUGUGCAUACAGCACGGAUCAUCCUGGACAUUUUACACAGCACCAGAAAAUUCACACAGGAGAGAAACUCUUCAAGUGCACUGUGUGCAACAAGGCAUUUGCACGGGCAUCACACCUUAGGAACCACCAGCGAACACACACGGGAGAGAAACCAUUCAAGUGCACUGUGUGUGGGAAGGCAUUUUCACAGUCAUCUGCUCUUGAAAAACACCAGAGAACACACACAGGAGAGAAACCCUUCAAGUGCAGUGUGUGUGGGAAGGCAUUUUUACGGUCAUUUGUUCUUCAAAAACACCAGAGAACUCACACAGGAGAGAAACCCUUCAAGUGCACUCUGUGCGGGAAGGCGUUUGCAGAUCCAUCAAAACUUCAAGUACACAAGAGAACACAUACGGGAGAGAAACCCUUCAGGUGCACUCUGUGCGGGCAGCUGUUUGCAGAUUCAUCAAAUCUUCAAGUACACCAGAGAACACACACGGGAGAGAAACCCUUCAGGUGCACUCUGUGCGGGAAACCGUUUGCAGAUCCAUCAAAUCUUCAACCACACGCCUCUCACAGCGCAGCGGCCAACGCUGCAGAUGCUGCAGAUCCUGUGGCCUGA